AUGUCGAAAAAUAUAACUAGGUCGAAGUCGGUGAUGUCUCGUUUUAGAGGUCGAGAUGCAACAGCCUCUAGUGCUUCACUUCACGUUACAGAUGAUGCACAGGCCAGGGAUAUUGAUAAGAAUACAUUCCAAAAAUUCGAACUUGGUCGCGAAGACCGGCUUAAACUUCCACAGAGACCAUCAACUUCAGGUGGAACAAAAAAAUCGACAGGAAAUUUUCCCAAGAGGGCUCAUACUGUCAAGAGAGAAACACGGGAUGAUCUAUUUUUCAACCCUUUGACGGCACAUGGAAUAGACGGACCUACGUUUUAUAACUUUCCUUUACCUUCUACUCGACCCCCACCUUCACCAGUUGUACCAGCUGUGCCCCAAAUGCUUGCACCUUCACCACGACCCUACAGUCCUGAUUCUAUCAAGACAAGUAGGACUGCUCAACCUAACGUUAGUGAACUUGAGAUUGGUAUGGCACUUGGAAGUCCUUCACACCCACCAGAAAACUGGCAACAAGGUCAACAAUCUCUCGGCAUGGAACCAGUCCGUACUCUGGAUCCAAUGGACGACAUGUCUCAUUAUGCCGAUUCUAUUGUUGCUCCGAAGCAAAAGAAAGGUCGGAAGUGGUUUGGCUUAUUUGGAAGUAAGAAGGAAAAGACACCUGCAUCAUUCUAUCAACUGAAACCAGAAUCACAACAAGAAAUCCCAACGAGUGAUCCUUCCUCACCAGAGACUAAACGUACUGGUAGAUCUCGUGGUCGUUCAACUUCUAGUAAAACUGGUAAGAAACCUGACAUGAAAAGAUCGCAAACGGCACCAACGACGCCGGGUUUACAACCUUCCUUCCAAUCUUCAACCUCAACAAGUAUUCGAGCAGGAACUCCAGAUAUUCGUGUUCAAGGUCCUAUUGGAGUUGAAGUUCUACGAUCAUACCCUAAAGUAUCACCCGAAGGACCAAAACUUGACCUUGCACUUCCUUCGGUACAGAUGGAAAGGUAUAGUGUUAUGUUUGGGGACAUUUUACAAAACCCUUCCACUACCACCUCCUCAUUACUUCAAAGACGCCAAGCAACACUUGAUAGACUCAAGAGUGUUGAAGAAGCACUUGCGAAUAAGGAAGCAGAACUUGAGGCUCGUACAAGAGCACUCACCAAACGUAGGGCUACCUCACCACAACCAAAUCACAACAGCCCAUCAUUCUCUCUCUUUCCAAACACACCCUCAAGACAAGGCAAUCGUGAAAGCUCACCAACAAGAGAAAAGUCGUCGCUAAAUAGAUCCAACACCUCACCCGCCGCCCUAUCUCCCUCUAGACCUUCAUUCGCUCCAGGUUUAGAUAAUGAUCUCCACGCCAAUCUUGUGAUUGAUGACGAAACCUCCACUAGUUGGCGUGGACAUGAACACAACGAUUCUUCAUCAAGUACAUCUACUCAGAAACCACGCAAACAAUCAGCAAGAUCAUCAUCGAGUUCUCCAAGAUCAAGACCUCAACUCCAAUCAGCACGUACUUGGUCACCAGACGAAUCUCAACUUUUAUCUCCAUCGUCCGCCGAAGAAUCAGAAGCCGAUGCACGUUCCAUUAAUGGUCAAGAAAGAGAAGAUUUAUAUGCCACUUCGCAAUUAACAGCAACCAAAUCAAGGUUUGAGGAAAGAGAACCAACGUGGCAGAUGAUCAACUCCAAGAAACAAAAUCACGGAGCCCCAUCCUCGAUAUCGGGAUCGACGACUAGUGAAGCUAGCACGGUAUCGUCAUCAAAUUCUACUUCAUCAUUCUCAAGUGUACCGGGUGGUUUCACCACAAACACAAUACCCAUAAUGCUUGAGCAUGAAAAAGUGAGAGAGAGAGGUUCGAGGAAAGCAUCACCAACACACAUUCAAUCUCCUCAAAAGGGUAAAGAAACAAAAAUCUCCGUUAAAUCUACUCCUGGUCCACGACCAAUUAUUUCAGCUUUCAAUACCACCACUCGAUCAUCAGAAAAUGCACCUCGUCCUAUCCUCAAAUCUCCCACAUCCGAAGAUCAAGGUCUGAGACCUAGACCUAGACCCUCAAUCCAACAAUCAUCCUCCAGUGCAUCCCUCAUGUCACCUCGUCCCUCACUCCAAAAAUCUCCCAUGUCAUCAUCAACCACCACCUCGAUCUCCUCCCCACGAAAAAUCCCCCUUCCCGCCUCUCCCCACCCCCCACGCACCACCUCCACCAUCUCCCCCCUCCCCGACUCCUCCACCCACCAAAAACAAGAAUCCACCUCCUCCAUCACCCCCUCCCUCCUCUCCCUCCAAUUCGACGACGACCCAGAAUCCCUCUCCGUUCCCCACUCCCGCACGCGAGACCCCGAACAAAAACGUCUCGAAUCCGCCGCCGGCGUUUCCAUCGCGCGACAAAUCUCCGUCUCGAGACAACAGCGUCAAUUACUCAUCCCGAUUAAAACUAGCGGUACGGUAUCGAAACGCAAUCGCGAGAACUCUCCCGCUCCCGGCUCCGGGAUUCGAAGUCCUGUUUCCGGGGGGAGUGGGAAAAAAUUCAUCACGGGGGAGGAUGUAAAUGCGAAGAAAGGCUCGCCGCUGGAAAGUGUAACGGAGUUGAGUUUUCGCGGGGGUGUGCUCUCUUCACCCUCAUCAUCAUCCUCUUCGUCGAAAGGACAAAGCGGAAGUGGAAGUUUGGGGAACUCGGGGAACGGAAAUAGGAUGGAAAUUGGUAUCCAUAGCGACAUCAAAGUAAAACAAACUUCCAAACCUUCCACGCCGACAUUGGUCGUGGUCCCCGGAGUCGAAGAACAAUGGGGUGCGGGAAUAGCUAGUUCGGGGGGCUUGAUGAGUAGCAAGGAGAGAGUGGAAGCGAUGAUGAAUGGCAGUCGUGGGAGUCCGCUGCUGGGACAGCAGGGUUGGGAGGAACAGGGGGGGAAAAUGUUGAGUGGGAAGCCGAGGACGGAGUUGGGAACGGGGCAUCAACAUAGGAGGAGUGAGAGGGUGGUUGUUUUGGAAGCUUGA